AACUGACCGUAUGCAACAAAUUGGGGAUUCUGUUUGUGGAUUAGGAUUUGGGCGAUUAGUAGUUGGAGCAGGGCGCCGGCGGUUAAUUUGAUGGUUGCGUCUGCGGCGGCAUGGCGGCGGCGGCGCGGUGUGUUUCGAGCAAUUAUCAUUGCUUGUGUCACUUUCAGACGAAUCGAGCGCUCUGUGCGCCUUCCUUUUGUCGUCUGUUGAGUUGCGUGGAGGUUUCCGGCCAUGGUUUAGGGUUUUUGUUGCAGAAAUGGAAGGGGAACCGGGGACGACGUCGUUUCAGGCUUGUCGUCGCUGCUCAGCUCUCCAGCUCCUUGUCGGUCAACAUCGGCUUGGAUUCUCAGAGUGUUUAUUCCAACGAUACGUCCAAUUGGCCGUCGGCCGGACCUCUGCCGGGGGACAUUGCUGAGCUCGAGGCUUACUGCAGAAUAUUCCGGGCGGCAGAGCGGUUCCACAAUUCGUUGAUGGAUGCGCUCUGCAAUCCGGUCACCGGAGAGUGCAGCGUCACGUACGAUGUUCCGUCGGAGGAUAAACCUAUGCUGGAGGACAAAAUCGUCUCCGUUCUCGGCUGCAUGGUUUGCCUUCUCAACAAAGGUCGGGAGGACAUCCUGUUAGGGCGUUCCUCGAUAAUGCAUUUGUUUCGCGACUUAGAUAAAUCCGCCAUGGAUGAUUCCCUCCCUCCGCUCGCAAAUUUCAGAUCCGAGAUGAAGAGUUACUGCGAGAGCUUGCACGUUGCACUCGAGAAUUAUCUGCUCCCCGGCGACGAUCGAAGCUUGAACGUUUGGAGAAAGCUGCAGAGAUUGAAGAAUGUGUGUUAUGAUUCCGGAUUUCCUCGCGGCGAAGGUCAGCCCUGCCAAACGCUGUUGGCGAAUUGGAACGCCGUUUACGAAGGAGCUCCACCGGAAAACAUGGAGGUUGUGUUUUGGAAGGGCGGACAGGUGACGGAGGAAAGCUUGGCGUGGCUUCUGUCGAAAGGCUUCCGAACAGUGAUCGAUCUUAGAGCAGAAACUGUGAAGGAUAACUUUUACGAAACUGCUUUGAAUGAAGCUGUUUCUUGCGGUAACAUAGAAGUAGUUAAGCUUCCGAUUGAAGUUGGGACGGUUCCGUCAAUGGCGCAGGUCGUGCAGUUUGCUGCAUUGGUUGCGGAUCCGAGGAGAAAGCCGAUAUACGUACACAGCAAAGAAGGAAAAAAGAGGACUGCUUCGAUGAUAUCUAGGUGGAGGCAAUACAUGGAGCGCGCGGCGUUGGAUAGAAGAGAUUCUGAUUUUAGUAAGAACUUCGACGAAGGUAAAUCAUCGGAGUAUGUGAAUGGAUCAGUAUCCCAAGAAUCCGAUAAGUCGUUUAGUUCGACGCGAGGUGUUGAUGAAGGGGGCGAUGCCAUAGCGGACGAUGAAGAUGAUAAGAUGGCUUCUGCUAAUGAAGGAGUUGAGUCGAAUUUUGAUUACGAUUACAAUUUGAAGCCCCUGGAUUCGCAACUGCCUCCUCUUGAUGUUUUCUCCAGAAAGGAAAUGUCGGAUUUUGUAAAGAAUAAGAAAGUUUCGCCCGCGACAUUCUUCACUUAUGAACGGAAAAGAUUGGACAUGUUAUCCGAUUUACGGUACAAGGAUAAUAGAUCUGUCUUGAAGAAAGAAUCUGUCUCCGAUGUUGAGGAAAAGAUUGUCGAGGUUGCCCCUAUCGGCACGAAUGGAUUGUAUCAGGAUCCUUCCAUUCUUUUUAGCCCUAUGAAUCGAAAUGCUGCUGCUGGACAGAAUGGCAAGAGGUACACCUCUUCGGAUGAUGAGAACUUGGACAUUAUCGAGGGGGAUAUGUGUGCUUCGGCAACUGGUGUUGUGAGAGUUCAGUCGAGGAAGAAAGCAGAGAUGUUCUUGGUAAGAACUGACGGAUUUUCGUGCACUAGAGAAAAAGUUAGGGAGUCGUCUCUGGCGUUCACUCAUCCCAGCACUCAGCAGCAGAUGCUUCUGUGGAAAUCGACGCCAAAGACUGUGUUGUUGUUAAAGAAGCUCGGCAAAGAACUCAUCGAAGAAGCGAAAGAGGUUGCGACGUUCUUGCAUCACCAAGAGAAAAUGAAUGUUCUAGUUGAGCCUGAUGUUCAUGAUCUUUUUGCUAGGAUUCCGGGUUUUGGAUUUGUACAAACGUUCUAUAAUCAAGAUACGAGCGACCUCCAUGAGAGGGUUGAUCUUGUAGCUUGCUUGGGAGGAGACGGCGUUAUCCUCCACGCUUCAAAUUUAUUCAAAGGUGCCGUUCCUCCUGUUGUUUCAUUUAAUCUUGGAUCCCUAGGGUUCCUCACUUCGCAUACCUUCAACGAUUACAAGAACGAUUUACGACAAGUGAUCCACGGGAACAACACCAUUGAUGGAGUCUACAUUACUUUGAGAAUGCGGCUCCACUGCGAAAUAUUCAGAAACGGUAAAGCCAUGCCCGGCAAGAUAUUCGAUGUUCUCAACGAAAUCGUAGUUGAUCGUGGUUCCAAUCCGUAUCUUUCGAAAAUUGAAUGCUAUGAACACGAUCGCCUCAUAACCAAGGUUCAAGGUGAUGGAGUUAUUGUCGCCACCCCAACUGGAAGUACAGCCUAUUCCACCGCAGCGGGAGGUUCGAUGGUCCAUCCUAAUGUUCCGUGUAUGCUCUUCACGCCGAUCUGCCCGCACUCGCUCUCGUUUAGGCCUGUCAUCCUUCCAGACUCUGCUCGUCUCGAAUUGAAGAUCCCGGAGGAUGCGCGGAGCAACGCCUGGGUCUCCUUUGACGGGAAGCGGCGGCAGCAGCUCUCGCGGGGAGACUCUGUCCGAAUAUGCAUGAGCCAACACCCGCUCCCGACUGUCAACAAGGCUGAUCAAACCGGCGACUGGUUUCGAAGCCUUGUUCGUUGCUUGAAUUGGAACGAAAGGCUCGAGCAGAAGGCCCUUUGAUCGCUGGCUCAAUCGCCACGCACUGAUCGAGAGAUACGUAUACUUCCCCUUCAUUCAUACAUACAUAUAUAUAUAUAUACACAUCACUGUACAGUUUACAUAGCUGCUCACAUGAGAACUAGCUGUAAUAAUAAUCUGUACAUUCAUGAUAGCUUUUCGAACCACCUUAAAAAUUCUCGGA